CGACGGACACCCGCCUGUCCUCGGUUCCGGUCUCCGCAGUUGCGCGUCGCCAUGGACGGCCAGCCGGCCCUGAGCAAGAUCGGCCUCGCCGUGCUGGCGUGCAACUCGGCGCUCGCUAUCUGGAACUCCUGGGGCGACGCGGGCUCCGUGGUGUUCGUGCUCGCCGCCGACGCCGCGCUCCUGCUGCUCUUCCUCUGCUUCCGCAGGGUCGAGCGCGCCGGCGGGGGCGGCCGGAGAGCCAGGGCGGCGGUGUGGGCGCUGACGACGCUGCUCACGGCCAUGUUCGCGUCCAGGGUCGCGCCGCUCAUGCCGCCGGCCGCCGGCGCCGUUGUCUGGGCGAUGGCGGUGGCCACCGCGGCGGGCGGCUUCUGGGCGUUCUUCCUUGCUUAAUUACUUGCUCUCCCUUAUGAUGAGCCGCGAUGGUUUUGUACUUGCUGAUGAGUUCCUGUUCGUAGCUGCGUGAGACGUUUGCGGCUGAAUCCAGUGUCUUUUUUUUUCCUUACUAAAAGCAGAGAAAUUUG